GUUCCGGGUUAUAGUUUUACUAUGAGAUGGGGCGUUAUAGCAACUUUACCGUCAGCGACGCGCGGUUCGGCGCCUGACCAGAAAGUGCCGAAUAGCACAGUAACGUGCGGCGGUGCACGAAUACGAGUGUAUUAUGGGAUGUCAACGAAUAUGAAUAAACAGCGUGUAAACAGCAGCAUCUCUAUUUCUGCAGCAGAGAUAUUAAGUCUCUUGUUUCUUUUAGGUCUCGGUGGCCCCCUCCUCCUCCUCCUCUCCCCCUCCUCUGAACCGUGUAGUCUGUGGUCGUUUCGUGCCCAUUAUCGCGGGUCGGAAGUCGGGGAGCGCAGUUACAGCAGAGGAAAUCCACGUGUAUCAACAAAGCCUAUCACUCAAGUCGGUCGAAGUUGUAACCCCUGCGGCUGCUGCUCCGCCGGAGCACGGUCUGUGAAGUACCGAGCACUGCUUGUCCUGUGAAGAAGCUGCCACAGGGCGACAGUAUGGCUUCAGGGCUCAGAGGCGCUGUGCCGUGUUUAGCGUGUCCGUAGCCUGACUGGAUCAGACCGAUGUGUGGAGUGGAGCAGAGAGGACGCGACAUAACAACAACAGGCGGACCGGUACCGGACUCCGUUCAGAAUGCGCGAGGAGAACCCUUUCUGCCCAGGCUGCUGAAUUCCGGAGGAAACUAGAAGUCCCUAUGUGAGAGAUGUCCUCCACACAGAAACCAACAAUCCCCCCCUUACAACUGACAUCGGACCAGCUGACAGUGAUCGUCGCGUCUUUUUCUUCUCUGGUGUUCUUUGUGGUCAUUGUGGUGCUGCUGUCCUUCAUCUACCGUAAGGACCCUCAGUGCUGCAGAGUCCGCUCCUGUCAGCAGUCACACGUAGACAUGGACGCCGCUCCCCAGUACUACAGCAGCAGACAGAUGCUGGUCGGGGGUCCCUGUCUGGAGCAGAGCCAGGCCUUAAGUGGCUGUGACACUCAGGCUGGUCCGCUGUUUUACGUCAGCAGACCCUCCAGCUACAGCCUGCCCUCCCUGGAGGGCCCCCUGCCCAGGCUGCCAUCUUAUGAGAGCGUGAGGAAGAAGGACCGCCAGAGGCAGAUCCACAUGAUGAUUGCGGAUCGCUUCGGCCUCAAUGGACCCAUUAUCACCGAGCCACCGCCGACAUACGAGGAGAGCAUCCUUCAAUCCAUGGAGGCACCAUGUGACAUUCUCAUGUCCAGCUUGGACCUGUACCGCCCCCUGAACAUCGGUCCGACACACACUUCCACAACUCCCACCGCUCAGAACGACCCGCCAUCUCGGUGCUGCACCAACGACGGCAUCAACAGUCCCGUUCUCCUGGAGUGACCCUACAGCCCCGCGUGCAGGCGGCCUCUGACCACUUUGUCGAGUUGGGGGAUACAGAAUCGGCAACCGCUAAAUAUGGACAUCUUUCAGAUCACAGAUACCAGAUCGACCGAGUCAAGGUCCUCCUAACUUCCGUACGAGUUGAUCCAGAUACCUCAAUACUGAACGUAUGAGAGCCAGCUGGGAUAGGCGCCUGCUGAAGAAUGACCAAAGACCAAAGAGGCCUACAUGAAGUCUCCAGAUGAUGGGGUGUUGAAUCGCGGAUGCAUGAUAUUCAACAUUGGACCGGCACACGAGAACGUUCCAACGCUACUAGACCGUUGUGACGUACAACAAUAUGCUGCUGUGGUCCCCACAGGGAAGAAACUGGGCCGUGACUGUUUGGUACUACUGAAAAGGGAAACCAAGUCACACCGUAAAUCCCCACGACCUGAGGUGGCUGGUACAUCUCAGCAUCGAGGAGGACCACAGGUGUGCCGUAAUAAUAAUAAUAAUAAUAAAGGAGCGAGAGAGAGAGAGAGAGAGAGAGAGAGAGAGAGAGAGCAUAUAAAAUACCAAAACAAAGGAAGCGCUCUUUCUGUCACUACGUGAGCAUUGUCACCUUAGCUGCCAUUGUUUGCUCUGUUUUCUCUUCCGUUUCUGAGCCAAAGAGCGCCCUCCGUCAUUCAGAGGGUCUUGCAUUGGGACUGCGUCUCACUGUCUGGCUUGUGCGGCUACCCCGGACCAAUUCUAAUGCGAGAGGCGUUUUAAUAUGCACCCCGUAGAGGCAGUGUGUUUGAGAUUUGGUUCACGGUUCAGCUCAAGAAAAGAUGAGUGACUAAGAGGAAACCAAACGUGCUUAUGAAAGUGCCUUUUCUUCAAGUUAUUUUAACUUCAUCACAAGGUUUCAGCAAAACCUAAUUCCUCCCUUAGGGCCCUUGUACCACUGGGAAUAAUGUUCUUCCUGCUUGGAAAAAAUGUCCCAUCCUUGUUUCGCGCACGCAGACCAAACUCUUGUUGUUGGCAUUCAUGUGUAUUUAUGUCAGAGGAAAUGUGUCACUGUUCACAGCUUCUCUAUCAGAAUAAAUUAAUGAACCAAUCUGAGGCGUUUCUUCUUCUUCUUCUUUUCUCUCCUUUUGAAUGGUGAGAUUACGCAGAAGGAAUAACACGCUGUGUGUCAAGGCUAACCUCUGCCAUCUGGUGGCUGUUUGGAGAAAUGCACUCGACGUUGUCAGCACAGUUCAUUCGUUUAUUCGUUCGU